AAUAUUUCUAGAUUUUCUCAUUAACGAUUAAUAAUUUUAAAGAAUUCACAAACUUAGUAAACAUUGGAGUAAUCGAAUUUUCGUAACCUCCGACAAUUUAUAUUUAAUAUCUCCACUCCUGACAGCUGAAAGGUUACGAAGAAAAGCAGAAACCUACUUUUCGAUUCCUUAAACACAUGAUAAUUUCCUCAUGUCUCUAAUUCAGAACUAGAAAUAUUAAAAAAGUUAAUUAACACCUCAGUCAUGUAAUAAUAGAGCGUACGUACAAGUGGCGCCACUGGCACCGCUGGGCACCGCCAUUACUGUUUACUACUACAUGCAACUGUGCAGUAGCUUGCGGCUUGCGCAGUAGCGGUCAGUAAUGGCGUCGGUAGGAUGUUCGUGCCCCAUCGUCGUCUGGCCGGUACCCUCCUCUCAGCCUCCGCAUUCGUCUUCGUCCACCCUACCGUCACCCCGAUGCCGCCGCAACCGCUGGCCACGUUCCCACAUUGAGAAGCGAGGAUAAGGAGCCCCGGCGGUGGUUCCUAGGCGAAGGUCUGCGUCACAUGUUGCAACUGCCAUUUCUGCAUCAUCCGUUGGAGCACGGGAGUCUGUACCAGAGCUACAGAUAUAUCGAGCCAGGUUACAAACGUUCGAACCUUCCGCAAAUCGGAUCGACUUUGUUUUGCGAUCGGUCAGAGAGCAUGUUCUCACUGUCCGGGGGUAAUGGGCUGGUCAGGGUGACUCCUAGGGAUGGGAAAAGUGAUUUGGAAGAAGAAGAAGAGGUCGAGGAAAGAGAUGGAGGCAGUGAGAACGUUGAUAGACCUUUGAUUGAAGAAGGAAGGCCUUACAGACGUAAAAAGAAGUUCGUUAGCGAGCCGUCAUGUUGUCCGGCGUGUGGAGUCACCGUGCGCCCGCAGGAGCUCGGCCAGCACUUCUCGCAAGAGCUGGACCGACUUUACAAGGUCGGCGCUGGUUCCAGGAACCGGGGAGCAGCGAGAAAUAGCCAAGAGGGCUCGGGGACCGGGGAUGGAACCCCGCAGGCCAGGUGGGAGACUUACAAGAGGAUCAGAGCCAACAGACAGGCACGAAUUCGUACGAAGAAUAGGAAAAGGAAAGCGGACGAGCCUCCGAGCUGUCCUAUCUGCAAUGAGAGGCUCUCCGGUACCGCUGAGGAGUUAAAUAGACACGUCGAGGGCUGUUUGAAUAGGCAGAACAACGACGGAUCAAAUUCGUCGAAUAAUGUAGACGAGGAGGAAGUUGACGUGGAAGGAGGCAAUGCGGGGGGAUUUGAAGUGUACGAAUGGGCUGGACAGAGGAGGGUCAGGGCUAGUUCUAUGCUGGAUGGAGGAUUUUCUGCGGUCGGUCUAGCGACUUCUUCCUCAAACAAACCUCAAGAUGACGAAGAAGAGGUCGACCUCAUAGUAGACGGCGAUUCCUCCGAGUUCGGCACUGCCCAAUAUUCCGAGUCCGACGUAAUAACUCCAUUAACUGAGGGCAGUUCGCGCGAGCAGAAAGAAAGAGACGCACUCCGAGAAGCUGUGAUCUCUCCCAAUAUUUCUAUUCCAUUAAACGCAACGAGCGAAGACGACCCAACGUCUUCCACGUUGAACGGAACGAAGGAUUCGAGAAUCGAAGUCGAGAACUCGAAGCUGAAGCCUCGAAUCGAAGAGAAUGGUUGUUGUAGUUUGAGUUCGAGUUUGAAGAAUGAAGGAGGGGAUUGUAGAAAGGAUCGACUUAUCGUCGAAGCUUUGAGGGAGAGAGUAAGGGAGCUUGAGGCUGAGAUGCGAGCCGUCGGAUUCAAAUGUCUCAUUUGCAUGGAGCAGUACAAGAAGCCGGUGACUUCUGUUUGCUGCUGGCAUGUACACUGCGAGCAGUGCUGGUUACACACUCUGGGAGCGAAGAAGCUGUGUCCGCAGUGCAACAUGAUCACCUCACCGUCUGAUCUCCGGAGGAUUUACAUGUGAAUCACCAGUUAAUUCUAGGAAUAAUUGUAAAAAUCGUGUAAAUAUAUAUACGCUGGUAUACGCGUACGUAAGUCAUCUACGAUUAA